AUGGCUCCCCCUCCAGCACCCAAACCCCAGAUCCCUACUACCUUCAACGGACCUAUGCAGGUCAUCGGUGCCGGCCUUCCUCGUUGUGCAACAACCACUCUCAAAGAAAUGCUCGAGAACAAAUCGCUCCUCAACGUAGGACCAACCAUGCACAUGAACCGCUGCCUCUCCUCCCCUAUGAACAUGCGCCUCCUCUACGACGCCCUUCGCGAAAAGGACACGCAAAGACGUCGGGCCAUCCUUUACAAGCUCUUCGCUGGCUGCGCGGCAACAGCAGACUUCCCCGGCCAUCUGUUCGUCGAAGACCUGAUCGAGAUGUACCCCGAUGCCAAAGUGGUACUGAACAUCCGCAAGGGCGGUGCUGCCGAUUGGGAGACCAGCAUGAAAUCGACCAUCGCCCCGUUCAUGAGCUGGCAAUACCGAGUGGCUUGCUUCUGGAGCGUCCCGGAUUACUGGCACUAUCAGUGCGAGAUCGAAUGGCAACGAUUCUGUAAGGAGAAGUUUGGCGCAGACAAUUUCUGGAGCCAAGAGGUGUACGACAAACACAAUGCCUGGGUGGUGAAGCUGUGCCAGGAAAGAGGCCGGGAAGUCCUUCUUUGGGAACCCGCCAUGGGCUGGGCGCCGUUGUGUGAGUACUUGGGCAAGAAGGAGCCCGAGAUCGACGUCCCGAGGACCAAUGAUCGGGGCAAGAUGGAGAAGGUGGUCAGUUGGAGGAUCAGUCUGGGGUUGAAGCUCUGGAUGAGCAAGAUUUGUGUGCCAGUUGCCGUUUCUGUCCUGGGCGGGUAUGGGGUGGUGAAGGCGAUGCAACUGUAA